CGAACAUGCCCCAGAAGCUCCUCUUCAUUCCUGCGCCGGCUCCGGAAGAAGCCCCAGUGACGGGGGUCCCCGCCCUGACAGUCCAGCUCAACUUCAUUGACGGGGGGUUGCUGAUGGGACUAUCGUGGCAUCACACCGUGGGAGAUGCCUACAGUCUCAAUCUCCUGCUACGCACCUGGGCCCACCACACCCGCCUGGUUCUCGACGACGGUAUCGUGGGCACUCCGGCGACCGCCGUGGACACGAGCUUGGAGCGAUGGAGACUUGACAUUGGGUCUCCCAAUCCUACCGUCGACGCUCUAUCCGAUUAUGUCGCUGAUCCGACGGCUCGAUCCCCCAGCCACCCCGACCAUGUUCACUUGCUGGAUCGAUCCGAUCGUCCCUGCGCCGAUUGCGUGAUGGUGACUUACUAUUUCAGCGCAGCCGGCCUGAAUUCCCUACGCCAGAUGCUCGCAGCAGCCAUACCAGAGCACGAUGUGGCCUUCACUCGGAGUGAGGCAUUAGCAGCGCUUAUAUGGAAGCACCUGAGCCUUGCUAGGCGCUUGCCCAUGGACGCCGGGUCGGAGACGUCCCUCUUCACGACGCGCCUGAACUUUCGUAGUCGGAUGAAGCCUCCCCUGCCCAACAGCUUCGUCGGCAACAUCAACACGCCAAACGCCCGAUGGCGUCUUCCUCUGACGGAGGUGUGCCAGCCGUCCACUCCUCAGUCCCUGGCGACACUGGCCCGCGGAAUUCGGUCUGCCAUUAAUGCCUUGGGCGAGCCGGACGUACGCACAGCCAUCGGGCUGGCAAACAGCCUCCCAGCAGCGACCGAGCUGACCGACAAUUAUAAUCUUUUCCCAGGUCCGGAUCUCAGCUUGACGGAUAUAUCUGAGCUGGGAAUCCUGCGCGAAGACUGGGGCCGGCUGUUGCAUCCCACUGUGCUCCGUGCCUAUAGCCGUGAAAGGGGCCUGGUCUACGUCUUGCCCCAGGAUCAGGACGGAGGAUGUGAAGUGCAGAUCCAGUGCGAGCCGGAUGCGGUCCAGAGGUUGAAUGCUGACGAGGUGUUUGGUCGCUACGCCCGGUUUCUCGGAUGAUUUUCUGCGUUCCAGUCUAUCUAUACUGAGUGUCAUGGC